AUGGUCACAGACGACCCGACCUCUCCGGAGGUAUAUAUUCUCGAGAAGCGCUGGAGGCCUUGGCUUAUAGUUCUGUCCUUCUUCGUUAGCUUCCUCGGAGCAUAUACGACCACUCAGCUCUAUGUUCAAUGCCGUCUUUCCACAUGGACGGCCCACCGGCUCGGAUGGAUGAUCCUCGCUGCUGUCGAGUUCGGAGGGUGUGCCAUAUGGGCAUUCCAUUUCGUAGCUAUGAUAGCUCUUGAUAUCGGCAUGCCGGUCAAUUUCAACCUGCCGAUGACUAUCUUCUCCGCCAUUGUUGCUAUAGUGGGCAUGUUGGGCGGUCUUGCUAGCAAUAUCUGGAUCAAGAAGCGUCGGAGAAGACGAGACAUGUACCUCCCCAUAUCAAACCAAGACAAUGUUUCAGAACAUGGGAUGACCAUAAAUGGCAUCUCAAUAAACGGCAAUAGCUCGAAUCGCAAACCUCCAGAUACACCGGAAUACGAAAGUUCAACAUCCGAAAUGGGUACUGUGCUCAACCUUGCCAGUGCUUUGCUCUCAAGGGGUACUCAUGACGACACUAGUUUCCCCGUACAGAUAAUAACUCAUCUCCAACGUGGCCUAAACCUCCGCGUUUUUGUUGUCGGCGCAUUGAUGUCCCUUAGCAUAUGCGCGAUGCAUUAUGUAGGAAUGAAAGCUAUGCACUUCGAUGGCUUCAUCCAAUGGAAUCGCGGCCUCAUUGUUCUUUCCGUUGUCAUCGCCUAUAUAGUUUCUAUGGUCGCCCUUAUUUUCCUCCCUAACGAAUCUGACAGUAUCUCUCAAAUUGCUUUUGCAAUAGUAGCUGCAAUUGGCAUCAACGCCAUGCAUUGGACUGGAAUGUGGGCCGCUACAUUCUCUACAACCCGGCCACCACCAUGGGACCAAGGCUCCAUUCCUACCGUUCUACCACUCGGAGUUGCAUUUGUUGCUAUUAUCAGUUGUUUAAUGUCUUACGUUGUCUUAGCCCGGACGAUAACACAAUCUCGCGACCGACUUGCCGAAAUGAUUGUAACGAAACGCAAGUUAUGGAAGGCUAUUGCGGAAAAGGAAGCGGCAGAACGAAACGAUAAGGUUAAGACGGAAUUCAUUUCCGUUGCCUCUCACGAACUACGGACACCGCUUCAUGCAAUUACUGGAUUUGUCGACUUACUUGCUUUGACACCGCUCAAUGAGGAACAAAUGAGCUUUGUCAAGUCUAUUCAAGGAAGCUGUCAUGCUUUAGACCUAAUCACCAAGAAUGUCCUCGAUUUCACACGGCUCGAAAACGAUCACUCGGAAACCGCCGCAUCCGCCUCAGAUGUUCGAAUUAAAGACCUGGUUUUCGACAUGCUGCAGACUUGCAUGACCAAGAUCUCAAAUACCUUGAGUGUCGAUAUUAUCAUAAUCAUGGACUGCGACGUUCCGGACGUCUUCAAUGUAGAUGAAACAUAUUUCGCGAGGGUACUGAUGAACCUCGUCGGAAAUGCAAUGAAGUUUACCAGGAGGGGAUACAUUCUUGUCAGAUUAUGGACAUGCGCGGAUGAAGAUAGUCUGUGCAUUAGCGUUAGCGAUACGGGUAUCGGAAUUUCACAAGCCAGCCAAAAGAUUGUAUUCGAGCCUUUCCGACAGGCAGAUACCAGUCUAACACGAAAACACUUGGGAACAGGAUUGGGACUCGCGAUAUGCAGACAAUUGGUGGCGAAGAUGAAUGGAAGGAUAACCUUAGAAAGCGAGGAAGGAAAAGGAAGCGAAUUCACGGUUGUAAUACCCGGACUACCGAAUACAUAUCCCAUGCGACCUGCAGUACAGAGUAAGAUCCGGAUGGCGGUGUGGCUAAGAAGCAAACGGAGCAGUACGGUCGUCCAAUGGGCCCUUAGCGCGCAUUUUACAGUUUCAGCGAUUGAUCCGGUACAUCAUGUGAGGGGGCUGAAGGGAAUGGAAAGGGUGCUUGCAGAUAUCAAAUGUUUGUCGCCACAGAUUAUUUCCCAGAUUGUGGAGAGUGAUGGGGCAAUCAAAUGGUUCAUCUUGCACGGGGAUGAGAGUGUCAGAGAGCUCAGAAAUCUGGAGCAUGUUAUUCUACUGAAGAGGCCCAUUUGUGUCGAUGAUCUUUUAAUCAAGAUGUUGACAAGGGGGAGGGUAGAGGAUGCUCAAUUGGUUAGGAAAGUCAGCAUUAGUGCUAACCCAGCCUUGGAAGAGCUUAAGAGGAUUAUAGCGGCACCAAGUCCAUUAGCCCAGAGCCCGAUAUUGGAGAUCCCACCUGAUGUACAGGAAAGCGGGGAUGUGAUCUUACUAGUGGAGGAUAAUCCGAUCAAUCAACAGCUAGGAGUUAAGAUGCUGAAAAAGCUAGGGAGGGCGGUAGAUGUUGCAGAAAAUGGAAAAGUGGCUUUGGAGAAAAUUAUGGAAAAUCGACGACAAUAUUCACUCGUUCUGAUGGAUUCGCAAAUGCCAGUUCUUAGCGGGCCAAGUACCUGCAGGAGGAUAAGAGCUAUGGAAGCUGCAGGGGAGCUACCGGGAAGAUUGAGGAUUAUCAGCUUGACGGCUAACGUAGAUUCGUUGAGUCAGAAGGAGUGCAUGGAGGCCGGCAGUGAUCAUUUCUUGCCGAAACCGCUGACCUUGAAGCUGCUGAGGGAGGAAUUGGAGCGACCGCAGGUGCCGACGGCGGGGUGUUCAUGA